AUGGCCCUGGAUGUGGCGCCUUCGUCAUCUGCUGAGCCACUCUCUCCCUUCUUGGCGACGGUGGCCGUCAUGAAGGCUAUUGUUGGUCUCUGCUGCCUCACGCUGCCUGCUGCCUUUGCCGAAGUAGGGCUCACCCUGGCUCUUCUUGGGAUCGUCCUGGUUUGCGUGGCGCUGGGUACCGGCACAUACCGAGUGGCUCAGUGCUACGUACAGAUCCGUCACUCGCAGGAUGGAGGAGAGGUGGAGGAUCACGGGCUCGGCCCUCUGGGAGACAUUUCCCAGGAGGUCUUCGGGUGGAAGGGUAUCCGUUUCUGCUACGUGGCCAUUCUCGCCUCGCAGUUCGGGCUUGCCGUUGCCUACACUGACGUCAUCGUGCCCACUGUGAUGAAAAUGCUAGGGCUUUCGAAGCUCACGGUUCAGCUGUGGGUGUUUGGACUCUCUGGAAUCCUCAGCUUCAUCAAGCAGCUGCAAGGCCUCGCCUGGCUCUCCAUUGUUGCUCUGGCCGCCUUCAUGUACAUCGCGGUUGCCCUGCUUCACUUUGGUGUUGUCGAGAUUAGCGCUGGCCGGGACAGCUUCGAGGAUUCGUGGUUUCCCCUGCGAUUCGAAGGCUUGGGCGCUUUUCUGGGACCUACCAUCUCCGCUUUCGAAGGCGUUGUGGUGUCGCAAUACGCCUUUGCGGACAUGAAAGUGGACGAUCCUGCUCCGUUCAAGAGGGUCGUGAUCAUCAGCCACGCUUUCGCCCUGGUGCUGUUUGCCUUCAUAGGAUGCUUCGGCUUCGGCGUUUAUGGCGAGGAUGUUUCCGAAAUCAUCUACGAGAGCUUCCCCGCGCACUCCCUCGAUGUUCAGCUUUGCAAAGUGACGGUGUGUAUCGUGCAGAUGAUCAACUUCCAGGUUCAGAUGUAUCCACUCUUCAUGGUGGGUGAGACAACUCUGCGAGGUUGGUUAGAGCAGAGCCACGAGGGCCCGGAUUUGUCGAAUCUCAGCACAAGUGAUGACGACAACUCGGAGGACAGCGACAAGGCAGAGCUGCUGAAGCCCGGUUCUUCGACACCGAACCCUUGUUUCGCCUGGCUCCUCUCUGCGGCGAUGCGGUGGUCGCUUAUAGGCAGCGCAAUCCUGGUCGCUGCCGCCGUACCUUCCGUGAACCAAGUCCUCAGUUACAUUGGCGGAUACUUCUUCGCCUAUGUGGCCUUGCUCUUGCCGGGACUUUCUCACUGGAUAUUGAAUUCGGGCAGUCUCUCGUGGGCAGACACCGCCACGAAUGUGAUGCUCGUCUCUCUCGGCUUGACGCUCUUGCACAUGUUGCCCUGGUUCGCAGCGUCCAAGGAGUGCUAUUCUGAAGUCAAAGAUGCAAUGUCGCAUUGCAUCCACUCGCAGAGCAAUUUGCGUGUCACCGGCGGGAUAACGUUGCUCGUGUCAAUUUCCCGCGCUGGUGUUUCGGGCAAUAGCACCGCGUCCAUGUAUCGCAAAGUUCAUAUCCGGUGGCCGGCCAAAGACAUUGAGAUCACUCUUGUAGCGGGUUCCGGUCUGUUGUCGGAUCUUCCCGAUCCUGUGCAGCCUGAUGGGCCCUCGCCACUUCCCUUCAGAAAGAGCACUGCCACGGAUGAGACACUAACUGAGGUUUGGGGCUCGACAGGCGGUGCAGAUGAGUUUCUCUGGUGGAGCAAAUGGGUCACCGCUGUUUGUGAAAACACCGACAACGUGGGCAUGGCGCGUUGUAUUCACAAAGAGGGCUACAAAAAGCUGCUUCAUGUUUUGGUCGGUCCCGAGAAUGACUUUGGUGUCAGCGCAGUCUCUGUGGCACAGGUGCACUUGAAGUUGAAGCAAAGUUCUGAUAAAGACAUUGGGAUCUACAUCCUGCACGAUGUGUAUCGUGCGGAGCUAGAGUUUGCCGAGCCUGGCUUCGCUAUCGACGCCGUCCCCGCAGAGGGUUCCGAGUUUGCCAAUGCGGAUGAGUUCUCCUCCACGAAGUUGGUCGAGCCAGGCGGCGAAGUGCGAAACAACCUGGACGUUCGGAUGUCCGACGGCUCGGGCCUCACGACCUACUCGGUGCAGAUCAUGCGGCACAGCGGUGAGGAGGUCCUCCUUCGAGACUUGACGUUUCCGGGCGUCGACGAGUCACAGCCGAGCUUUACGCCACACAACGGGAACUACACCGUCCUGAUGCCUGCGGAGCUCGAUCGGCUCGAGGUGAAUCUGCAGCUCUGGGACUCGGGCCAGUCGCUUGAGGUGACUGCCCACUCCGGCCUCAAGAACCACCCGGGAAGUCCUAGUGGCCAGCGCCAGCGUCGGUGCAAUGGAGAUAUGGACUCGCCGCGCUUCAGAGUGCCCUGGUGUGCGAUCAAGGUUGGGCCCUUCAACUGGUACUGUUUGGUCGGAGGCGAAGGCUCUGAGGAGGAGCGAUCGACAUCGAAGAGCGCCAGACCGUGUGUCGGCUGGGUUCAGGUCAUCGCCGGCGUGCUGGGCGCCGUGCUUCUAAUUUUCGUUCUGAAGCUCCUGGUGGAGAGGAAGGUCUUCCAGAUCUACCACACGGAGCAGGUCUUUGGCGGCCUCGGAGCAGGUUAUGCUGUCGUGCGGUCGGGCAUCCUGAUCUACAGGCACUGCAAGCGGGCGUCCUCCGGCUUGCAGCGCUUCGCUCUUCGAAUCCUCGGGGUCGUGCCAAUCUUCGCUGUCGAUGCUUGGAUAGACCUCUGGCUGGAGGGCAGCAACAGCGGCUUCGUGAUGCUGCUGCACUGUAUUCGCGAAAUUGCGGAGGCUGUGGCAGUGUGCUCCUUUGUGCAGCUCCUGCUCUCUUUCCUCGGAGGGCCCGUGCAGCUCUCCAACAGUCUUCUGGAGCAAGAGCAGCCCCCUGUGGAUCAGCUGGGUCUUCUGCAGUUCUGCGUACCUCCGUAUCGACCGGGGCCGAGCUUUGUCUCCAAGGUCAUCAUCAGCAUCCUGCAGUACUCCCUCGUCACGCCAUGUCUCUUCCUGAUGACAACCAUCGUGUGGCGCUCUCUGAAGGAUCCGGAUUUGGCCCGAUUACAUCGCGGCCUUCUCCACCUCCAUGCGCUGCCACCCUUGCUCAAGGGAGUCAGCUGCCUCUGUGCGAUGUACCAUCUGGUACUCCUCCAGCGUGAGACCCGGCCUCACCUGGAGAAGUUCUUGAAGUUGAACCCGGCCCUGAAGUUCUGCAGCCUUCACUGCAUCGUCUUCUUGACCUUCUGGCAGAGCUUUGCCGUUGAUGCCGUCGCCAGCUACGUCCGCUGGGCGCAGUCGCAGGAGGAGCACCACAAUCCGCAGUCAGAGCUGAGCCGGGAGAGGUUUCUGGAGAGCCUCAAAGGCUUGCUGCUUUGCCUGGAGAUGCCCAGUUUCUGCGAGAUCCAUUUCUGUGCCUAUCCCCCUGAUGAGAUGGAGGAGGCUCAGCGCAAUGCCUACGUUGUUGCGGGCCAGUCCGCGCCCAGAAGGAGCGGCAGCGGCCAUUGGGAGCUUGAGCAAGACGAGAACGUGCCAGUUCUCCUCAGGGCCAAGGAUGGAAACGACCAAGCUCCUGAUGUAUCGCGCCUGAUGUCUGCCGAGGAGCAACAGUUAUCGGUAGCCACCGAUACACCGGCUAGACUUCUACGGCUCCGGGGAGGCUUUGCAGCUCGUGGAUCUUUGGGCCGAGGUGCAAGAACUAACCGACACCGCGCGUCGAGAACGAGGUUCGGACCCCAGCGCCUAAGCCGCUCCGUCUUGGUUAGACAUGUACAAAGACUCCUGGUUCUUCCAUCGAUGGCUUUCGAUGAGGAGCCGAGAUGGACAUUCACCACAGCAGCGCCCUAUUGGGAUCCGUCUUUUAUGGAGAAAUUAUCGAGGCCGGAGGCCAGCAACGGGGAAAGUUUGAAGCCAAGGACACAGGUAGUAGCCAAAGAUGCUCUCAACAACAAGGGACGCCGUUUGCUGCUGUCGGGGGAGACUCAGCUCAUCAGCGUGCAGAGGUUCUUUCCCGUCGAGGUGAACGGAUCCCGGCUGGUCCAGAUCCGCGUUUUUCCUGCCAAUCGCAACACCACGCUCAGCCGAAUGUAUCAUAUUCAUGCCUUCCGGCAACCCUGUCCUCCACAAAGGCCCUUCUACGCCCCUGACGUGCGACUGUGUGCCAUGACCUGCAACGACGGGUACUUUCCACGGCAUGCGUCUUCGCGGUGCGAAGCUUGUCCGGAACACUGUGCGCGCUGCUCCAGUUACGAGAGGUGUGAGGUGUGCAAACCUUCGCAGUGGCAGACGCUGCACUUCUUGCAGCACGUCGGCGGUCAAUGCCAUGUGCUACGGAUACAUCUGCACGAGCUCGGAAUGGGUGCGGGCCUUGGUGUUGGGCCAAUGAGUGAAGCGAGAGCUGUCAUUUUGAUCAAGUGCUGGGUCGAUGUGUGA